AUGUUUCAACUCAAGUAAUUACAUUUACCUACAGUGCCUCAAAUUUAGGAGAAUGAAUAAUAUACAAAAUAAGGUUUUGAUGAUAGUGUCUUGAAAAUUUAGAAUGUUUCAUUGGCAACUAGAAUGGACUAUUUAAAAAAAACUAUUAAGGAACAAAAAUCAAUAAUCACAGAGUUGGUGGAGAGAGAAAUACGACAUUAAAAGUUUUUUAGCUUUUUGGAAGUAGCUUGGCGAGGGUUUCUUUAAAGGAGUUUGAGAAUAGAAAGUGUUGUAAAGAAAAAAGGAUUAUUGGAAAACAAAUAUCUAAAUGCAUUCUAAUAUUUGGAUGAUAUCUUCAAUAGUCAGUACUUGCUGUGUAAUAAUAUUGAAGGACAAUUCAAAAAGUAAAUUAGUCAUAAAUUUGAGCAAUUUUUGAGAAUAAUUGAGAAUAUUUACUUUGAAAUAUCUCUGGAAUACAGUGAAUUUAUGGAAAUGAUUAAGGAGAGAACAAAUUAAUUAUUAGAUUUAGAAGAGUAGGAUUAUAUGGAAUAUGUGAAGAAACUUAUAAGCACAAAUAAAGAUUUAGUGAAAAAGAAUCAGGAUAUAGAGUAAAAUUUAAAAUAGAUCUAAAAAAUAAAGGAAAAGAAAUUAAGUGAUUUAGACGGCCAACUUGGAUUCUAGACCAUUUAUUAGUUGUAAUCUCUGAACGCAGAAAGCAAGAAGCAAAACGAAACUUUGAGUAGAAGAUUAAGAAUAUUGAUGAAUUAUAAUGACAAAUCAAUUAAUUAAAAAUUGAAUGAAGAGGAAGAAAAUUAUGAAUGUAUUUGUGGUGGUGUAUAGAUAAAAUAAAUGGGAUUCAAUAAUCAAUUAGAUAUAGUUAGAUAAUCGUAUGACAAUAGUGAAGAUAGAUAGUUGUAAUUAACCAAAUUGGAUAAAAAAUAUUAAUCCUAAAAUAACAGUACAUAUAUAAUUUAACAGUUAUUGUUAAAGACUUUAAAAAGUAAGUAAAUAAAGGUGGCAACCAUAGAGGAUGAUUAAUUGAAUGUUACAUUUACUUAAUCUGAAAUUAAGGACUUAGAAUAAAUUUUAAAUAAUUAUUAAAUACUUUAAAUCUAGAAUAAAAAAUACUAAUAAUAAGUAACCUAAUAGCAAGUGAAGAUUAAGGAAUUAGAAAUUAGUAAUGAAUACAGAGAAGACCAAUUUGUGGAAUCUGAAACUUUUAGUAUUUUACAGACAUAGAACAUGAAUCUCAUAGAUGUGAACUCUUAAUUGACUUAAUAAUUAUAGGGUUUAUAAACUUAGUAUUAAGAAAUGGCUAAUUCAAAACAAUUUGACAUAAAUUAAUUGAGAAAUAAUUAUGAAAUUGAGAUCCAAAAGUUAACAUCAGAAAUCUGUCAACUAAGGAAGUUUUCAAGUGAUUAGCAAUUUGGAAUCAAAAAUAUUUAUAAUGAAAAUGAGAGAUACAAUUAGAAUUUGAAAGAAAGAUACGAAUAAUCAUAAAAGAUUACAGAUGCUCAAAGUGGUGAAAAUAAUGUUUUGAAAUCAGCCAAUAAAGAACUAAGGAAUAAUUUGGAUGAGUUAACUAAAUAAUUCUAGGAACUUUAAAAUAAAUAAAAUGAAAUAGAAAUGAAAAAUGUAGGAUUAAUGGCUCGAAUCCCAGGAGAAUUAAAUAUUGAAUAAUUGACUUUUAGACAUAAUAAACACAAGGAAUGCAUACAAGAAGCCUUGUAAAUUAUUAUUAGACAUUAACCACAAUUCAAGGAGAAAUUUUAAGAACUUAUUGGGUAUAUUAAGACUAGGGAUUAAAGGAUUGAAUAGUUCGAGAAGGAGAUCAGCAAAAAAGAUAAAUAAAUUCAAGACCAAAAGAGACAUUUGCAAAUGAUGAUGGAUGAAACUGAUUACAAUUCUAAAAUCUAUGAAGAAGUUAUGGCUAAAUCUAAGAUAAUUGAAUAAUAGUUAUCAAUCAAGGAGAAAAAUGAGGCUGUUUUAAUAUAAGAUAAAUAAGCAGAAAAAACGAAGUUUGAAAAUGAAAGAAUGUAAUUCAAAGAAAAAGAAAGACAGUAAUAAGAGUAAAUCAAUUAGUUACAAUAAUAGAGAGCCAAUUAAACACAACUGAAUUAAAAAUACUCUCAAGAAAAGUUAUAAAUAAACUACAAUCAUGGAGAAUUAGUUAAACAAUUAGAAUUAUAUAAAUCAUAGUAUGAAAAGCUAUUAUCAGAGCAAAGCACAACAAAAAUUGAGAGAGAUUGUUAUGCAUAAAAAAUAUAAAAAUCUAAGCUAAUAAAUGAUGAAUCCUUGCUUGAAAUUGAUAGGUUGAAAUAAAAGAUAAUUGAAUUGGAAGCCAAUAUCGAAUCCUAAUCGACUCUAUUAAACAAUCCUGCUCAAUUGGAAUAAGUGAAAGGCUAUCUUAUUUUAAAGAAGGAUGAUACCAUUUUUGAAUAGGCAUAAUUAUCAAAAGUCAAGACUACUGCUUGCUGUAGUGAAUGUAAAACAUAACUCAAAGAAGUCAUCAUACAAAAGUGUAUGCAUAUGCUUUGCAAAUCAUGUGGAGAAAUUGCUCAAUUAAAAGAGUCUUGUCCUAUUUGUAAGGUUAGUAUAAAUUUAGUUGAUAUAUGGGCAACAAAGGUAUAAGAAUGA